ACGCGCAGCUCCGACAUGUCCGAGACGGCUCCCGCACCCGCUGCUGAGGCAGCGCCCGCCGCCGCUCCGGCUCCGGCUAAGGCCGCUGCCAAGAAGCCGAAGAAGGCGGCGGGCGGCGCCAAAGCCCGCAAGCCCGCGGGCCCCAGCGUCACCGAGCUGAUCACCAAGGCCGUGUCCGCCUCCAAGGAGCGCAAGGGGCUCUCCCUCGCCGCGCUCAAGAAGGCGCUGGCCGCCGGCGGCUACGACGUGGAGAAGAACAACAGCCGCAUCAAGCUGGGGCUCAAGAGCCUCGUCAGCAAGGGCACCCUGGUGCAGACCAAGGGCACUGGUGCCUCUGGCUCUUUUCGUCUCAGCAAGAAGCCAGGUGAGGUGAAGGAGAAGGCUCCCAGGAAGAGAACAUCUGCAGCCAAGCCCAAGAAGGCUGCAGCCAAGAAACCUGCGGCGGCAGCCAAGAAGCCCAAGAAGGUGGUGGCAGUGAAGAAGAGCCCCAAGAAAGCCAAGAAGCCGGCGGCAGCUGUCACCAAGAAGGCGGCCAAGAGUCCCAAGAAGACGACCAAGGCUGCCAAGCCCAAGAAGGCGGCAGCCACCAAGAGCCCAGCCAAGGCGAAGGCAGUGAAGCCCAAAGCUGCCAAGCCCAAGGCGACCAAACCCAAGGCAGCCAAGGCGAAGAAGGCGGCCCCCAAGAAGAAGUAAACCCCUGUGGAAGAAAGUUCUUGACCUGCUUUUAAACCCAACGGCUCUUUUAAGAGCCACCCAAGUUUUCCCAAAAAGAGCUGAGAACACAUUUUCAUUGAAAUAAUUUGGUGGUUAAGUAGUAUUACCAGUUCCAAGUAUCUCAUAAGUAAGGAUAUUUGAUAUGCACUAAGAAACUUCAAAACCUUAAGAGUACCAUCAAGAAUUGUCACAAACAUUUGCUGUAAUGUGGGUAGUGGUUUAUUCCUUUGAAGAAAGAAAUCACUUCCAGAUGAAUUCAGUACUUAAAGGAGUUGAAGUCUAUUUUCUUGUUUACAGAAGUGAGUAUAGUAGCAGGUACUUAAUGCUUUUGUGAUCACAUCUAAUUGAGAGGGGGAAAUGGCCAUAGGCAGGGAAUAACCGUUCAUGAGCUGCCAGAUUGUUAAACUCCGGGGGUGGGACAUGAUGUGGGAAGGUACAGGGAAAAAGAGAAAUGAACUAAAGUGUUUGCAUAGAAUUAAACUUGGAAAAUAGUUGUACUCUUCCAAAACAUGUUAAAGACUCUCCC